AUGUCGGUCAAUGGUUCCUAUACCGCGACUCUGAGUCCACGCACCAGCGCGCCCGACGCUUUCCACUCUCAUAUGCUCGCGAGCUCCGUCUCCUCGCUGCCGUCACCAUCACCGAGGCCACAGUCGUCCCAGAUCUCCAAAACCUACAAACAGGCGUCCACCCUCUUCCUGACCCGCCGACUGCCCGAGGCUCUCUCGACCAUUCUGCCCGUGAUCCAGCCGCUCCCCGCCCUCGCGGAUGCCGAGCCAGUCGAGUUAGCUCCCGUCGCCUGCGCUUCGCGUUCGAUGCGCUCCAAAGUUUUGUCCUCUACCUCCACCAUUCUGAACGCCAUUGUCGAACUGGACCCCGACGAGGGAAAGGAUGCGUUCGGGAGCCAGGAGUGGCGAGCUCUCUGCGCAAAAGUGAGGGACGGCGAGAUCUGGGAGGAAGUCGUGCGCGACGGCUACCACGGCGUCGAGGGCGACGUCGACUGUGAUGUUGUGAUCAACCUUGCCACCUUGCUCCUCGCCCACGCAAGGACCCAAAUGCUGAACCAGCAGAGGCUCGAGAGCUACUUGGCCGCGUCGACGGCGCCAAAUCUCGAUCUGACGAAUCGAUUCUCGGACUCGCCGCACCACCGCAUGCGCUCGCGUCACAGGUCGCCUGCCAAGCGUACAGGCGGCACGGAUACGCCGCGCGACUUGAACGCCCGCGUCAAGAUCCUCGAGCUGUACACGCUGCACGUGCUGCUGCGUAAUAACGAGUGGGACUACGCUCGGGAGUUUAUCAACGUGAGCUCUGUCCUCGACGAGGAGCGCCGGGAGGCCUUCCUCCAAGCCCUGCAGAGCCUCCAGGAGGAGCAGCUCGAGGCCGAGAGGCGGGAGCUCGAGGCGCAGCGGGAAGAGGAGGAGCAGCUGCGACGAGACAUCGAGGAGGCGAAACGCCUGAGGGCCGAGAAUGAGGAGCGGGAACGCAAGAGGCUCGAGGACGAGAGGGCCCGGCGGGAAGGCAGCGAGGUGGACUACGGCAUCGAGAGGACGCCUAGUCACGCCGGUUCGGGCAGAGGAUCUCGCACCGGGCGCACGCAGUCCGGCGCAUCCGGACCGUCGAAUGCGAGGGGCGGCGGUACGGCGCGGCCGAAGGCCAAGGCCGUCGUUCCGGCCUCCGGCUUCGGCGCGCGGGCGACCAUGGUCGUGAGCCGCCUCGCAGGCUUGAUCGAGCAGCUCGGCGCGUCUUUCAGGGCGAAUCCUAUGCUACUGAUGCGGCUCAUCGCCUUUGUCGUGGGCCUGCUGCUGAUGGUCGGGCAGAAGAACAUUCGCGAGCGCAUGCAGCGGGUGCUGGGGAAUAGCUGGAACAAGAUUAAGGCGACGGCGGGCAUGGGCGUCAAGGUGAGUUAUAUAUGA